AUGUACCUUCCCCAGGCGACUUGCGAUGCCAUCACCUCCACCAUGCCGAUCUCCUUCAACUCUAGCUUGGGACUAUAUUUUUGGGAUACCACCAGCAGCGAUUAUUGGAAUAUCACGUCUUCUGCAGCAUACCUCUCCUUCGUCUUCAACAAGAAUGGAGUGAACAAUCAGAAUAUUACCAUCAAGAUUCCCUUUUCCCAGCUCAAUCUUACGCUACAAGAACCGCUGGUCGAUCAAAACGUUACUUACUUCCCGUGCUUCCUCACCACCUCCACCCCGGUGCUCGGUCGUGCCUUUCUCCAGUCCGCAUUCGUUGGGGUUAAUUGGUUCAACGGGAACAACUCUGGCACGUGGUUCCUGGCACAAGCACCCGGCCCGGAUUAUGCCAGCGCAGACAUCACCCGGAUCGCAGUGAGUGACACGUCGCUUUCCGCCUCUAACGGUACCUGGGAGGACAGCUGGGCUAAGUACUGGGGCAUCAAAACGACCGACAAUUCGAGUAGCUCCAAGGGUGGUCUGUCUUCCGGGGCCAAGAUUGGAAUUGGCGUUGGUGUGGGAGUCGGUGGGGCAGUGUUGAUCGCAGCGGGUAUAGCGAUCGCGUUUUGUCUUCGCCGUCGCCGCGGAGCGAGUCAAGAGGCAGCUGGAGAGCAGCGGAGAUCAAUGUUUAGAGGGUUUGCGGAAUUGCCGGGAGGUGCUCACAGUGAAGCGGCCAAGGAGUUGGAUACAAAGAUGCAUAAGCCGCCGCAGGAGAUAAUGGGUUCGCAGGUGGUAGAGCGAUACGAGUUGGGCUAA